CACCACAAUCGACAAAGAUCAAACGCCACACGAAGUUCUCAACUCAACUCUUUGAGAAUCAGAUUGAUCAAAUCAAAACAGAGACCAACAACAACAAAUAUCAGGAAAUUAACCUUCUCUGCAAUUCAUCACCAUCAUCAUCAUCUAGCUAGGGUUACAGACCAUGAAAACACUAACCUCCUCUGCGACGAUCGUCUCUUCCUCGCCGUCUUCCCUUCCGAUUUUCUUCCCCAUGACCAAGGACUCAUCAUCAUCAUCAAGAAGGUUCCUUCGGUUCCCCAUCCCUUCCAAGAAUAACAAUAACGAUUCCGAUCUUCAUUCCGAUUCUUACGACUCAAGUCUUGUCCCAAUUCUCAGCAGUCGAACUCUCUCCCAGGAUGCGGCGAUGGGAUUGGUUCUGAGUGCGGCGUCUGUGAGAGGCUGGACGACCGAUUCCGGCAUGGAAGGUCCUUCGGUCCCCGCUGGAGCUGAGCCCAAUUCCGGUAUGGAGAGGGUCUCUACGUUCCCCUGGUCCCUCUUCACCAAAUCUCCACGCCGGAGGAUGCUUGUCGCCUUCACUUGCAAUGUUUGUGGCCAAAGGACUACUCGUGCCAUCAAUCACCAUGCCUACACUGAUGGCACCGUCUUCGUCCAGUGUUGUGGAUGCAAUGUUUUCCAUAAGCUGGUGGAUAAUCUGAACCUCUUUCAUGAGAUGAAAUGCUAUGUGAACCCAAGCUUCCGUUACCCGGACCCAAAGAGCAAUGAUGUUACCUUCAAGUAUCUCGACAUGAACGAUGAUGAUGACAAUGAUAUCUUUCCAAUCUUAUGAGGUGCAAUGACAUCGAAGACAGUGUGUGUACAUUCUAAUUCUUAUACUAGAACCAUUUUUACUUAAUUCUAUUUGUAAAUAGAUUUGCAACUGUUUUCUUUUUUUAUUCGAUACUUGAUUAAUUGUUUUUACACGGGAAGAAUGCGUCAUUGACAUCUAGAAUUUUGCGUAAUGUUGUUGAUUAAUGGGCUUCAUCUUUCUUUUCUUA